AUGGCUGGAGUUUCAUGUGCCUCGCAGCUCAAAUGUGAGCCAACAGACGCCAGCGUCCACGAGGAGCAUAUCGAUGUCUGCUCCACGCAAGAUGAUGAGCUGUCGUCUGAAGACGAAAGAGAUGUAAAGGUUUCAGAUCCUCUUUGGGCGCCCUCGCUUUCGCCUUCCCUCAACUGUGCCCUGCAAGAUCGUAUUUGCCAGGGUUCCCUUGGCUCUGGUCACAUGGCCAAACCAUCUCAGUUUCCUCUUCUUGGCAACUGUCAACAGGCUGUCGUGACGUCCAAUGUGCUGGGUGACCAGCCCUCUGACCUGGAUGUUGGUGACCACGGAGAAAACGGCAAUACCUCUGACAGCGAACAUAGCCAUUCCGGCCGAUUUGACGACCACAACUUCAGCUUUUCCUCGAAGAAGCAGAGACGAAACAGGACGACUUUCUCAGCUGAACAGUUAAGAGAGCUGGAGAAUGUGUUCCAGCACACGCAUUACCCAGACUGUACACUCAGGGAGCAACUAGCUGAGAAAGUGGACCUAACAGAAGCACGAGUGCAGGUUUGGUUCCAAAACCGAAGAGCAAAAUGGCGGAAGCAGGAGAAGUCGAUGGCGAGAAUGAUGGAGCUCUGGCGGCAGCGAAUGGAACAAUUCCCAGUCUAUUCACCUCCACUGAGCAUGCUCAACCUCCAGCUUCCGUUUCCAAGGCCGAUGUUUCCAUGGCUUCCACGCUAUCCACUUCCGGUGCCAUCACUUCCUGGUGUGUACCCACCACCUAUGAAUCCGUCCGUUGCUAUGGCUGCUGCUGCUACUUGUAAACCAGAGAGGGCCAGUCGUCCAAUUGUGUCCGUCCCCAAAGUUAAACUGGACCCUUCGCCUGCUCGAGACUAUGAGGAGAAGUACGCUUGUGGUCAAAUACCUAUCCCAUCAUCAUCUGCGCGGUCGUCACCGGAAGUACUCAAGCCAUCUACCCUGAGUUAG